AUGGAGAAAACACAAAGAAUAGAGAAGGAAGAAGAAAAAAUAAAAGAGAAGAAACCAAAACUGGAACAAAGUGUCGAGGAGGAAAAAGAAAAAGGAGAAGAAAAGGAAGAGGAGAUGAGUACAUUACCAUUUUCUUAUAAUAUCGUCAUGCCUCUGACUCUAGAUGGCCAAUGGGUUGUAUUGGAAAAAGGAUCCGAGCAAUCACAAAAUGAAGAGCUAAGAUUUCAGUUUUCGUACAAUACAAUCAGGUACGAAAUACAUUUGAUCAGCGAAUUAGCCCAGAAUACGCGGAGCAUCAAAGAUCGUGGUGUGGUUUAUGCUUUGAACCAGCUAUCACGCGAACAAAAGGCGAAGGGUGUAGUAGCAGUCUCAUAUGGCAGCUACGCUUAUAGUCUCGCACAUUACGGAUUUCAAUUUGGUAUACCUGUGACACUAGUAGUGCCAUUAAGAUCAGAUGAACGUACUAUUAGUUUGUGUAGAAUUCUUAAAGCAGAAGUACUAACCCGGGGCGACAUAAAGCAAACGCACAAAGUGGCUUUAAAUCUCGCUCAAAAAGAGGGAAAAGUUUACUUAGACGGAAACGAUCAUCCAAAUAUGAUUAUUGGUCAAUCCACCUUGGCCUUGGAAAUUGUAGAAAACAACACAAAGUUUGAUGCAGUUGUACUACCGACGAUGAUGAAAGAUUCUGGACUUACAGUGGGUAUUGCGAUGGCUCUUAAAGAAUUGAAACCGGAUAUGCAAGUUAUGAUAGUCCAAAAUGAACUUUCUGAUCCUUCAAUCAAGCAUAUCAGAGAACAAACCAAUUCACUUGAUGAAUUAGAUAUUCGCACGUUAACAUAUGAUUGGAAUCAAAUGUCUGCAGCCAAUUCGCAAGGUUGGAGAGACAGAAGCGAUGUUACGAUUCAUCCAUCGCAUGUGUAUUUUCGUAUAGCGAGUGAAUAUCUAAAACUGAAGCAUGGCGAAGACGAUUCUAAUGCAGCGCUUGCUUUAACUGCACUUUUAUUAGAUAAAUUCAAAGAACUGAGGGGGAAAAAAAUUGCAGUACCUAUAUACGGCAAAAUGGAUUAUUCUAUUGAUAGAGAAGUGGAUAUGGCGUCUUUAAAUGAAACCACAAUAACUGAGGUCCCUGGCCCUUCAAAAAGAUCUUAA